AUGGACACUGGCAGGCUGAAGAGGCCGGCAAGACCACCUCCUCGACUAAGGACCAAAACUGGCUGCUAUACGUGUAGGGCGAGAAGGAAAAAAUGCGACGAAGCGCACCCAAUUUGCGGGGCUUGCAGGAGACUCGAGAUUCAAUGCAUAUACCGGGAACUCACAAGUCCUACGACGGCGUCGCGGACUCCUCCUAUUCCAUCUCCGAGAGCCCGAAGCAGCACGGUGGCCGAAAACCCGGUGGAUGUUUCAUCAACAGUUCCGACGCUUCACAGGUCUCUGAGCCAGAAGCAUAGCGGACUGAGGACGGAGCGGGACUGGAACGUGUUCAAUUAUUGUUCAACGCGGUACAUCAGGCUGUUGACUUCGCCUGAAGCCACCGCUGAAUUUCGAGAUGUCUCCUUUGUUUUCGCAAUCGGGUUUGAUGCGCCAUGGGUGAUGCAUUCUGCGCUCGCUCCGGCGGCACUUCAUGCUUCGUUUGCUUCCUUGAUUCCCAAAGAAGACGCGAUGCUAUACACUCAAAGUGCUCUCCAAGGCUUCCAGCAGGCACUCCAACCAACAACAUGUCGAUCCUUUCCCAGAGACGCAUUCCUUGCUGCUUCACUAUUCCUCGGUGUUUUUGAGGGAGGUUGCCGCCCGAGUCUCUGCCAGUUGUCCGAUACUGACAUUAAUCAGGACUUCUAUUCAUCGUCGUGCAGUGCGAGCCUGACGCACUAUCGCGCCAUAGCCAAGAUCGUGGAAGGCCAAGUUGCCGAGAUCCCCCGUCUUGAUAUUGGCCAGCUCUCGAUAUUGCAUCUUACUCUACUCGACUCUGUCCUAUAUCAUUUCUCUACGAGGCUUAUAUUCGAGAAGGACAUUGGUGCUACCUGCAGAUCGUUUCCCCGCCAGACCGUCAUUAAAUAUAUUGAAGCGCUGGAAUGCGCAAAAGGAGACGGACGUACUGGACCAUUGAUCUUGCCUGUCCUUGGCAGGACACCUCCGGCCCUAUUCCUUCAAAUUUACCAGAUUACAUGGUUGAGCAGACAGGUUCCCUUCGCCCACUGUGAGCUCUAUGGACUUGCUUUGCAGUGUUCAACCGAGGUGGAGGGUCUGGCGGAAGACUAUCCGAUGAUUGCUUCUGACAACAUCCCAUCUCUCCAAUCGACUGUCGCUGUCAGUAUCAGCAACUCCGAGAUUGCCGCAAAGCUCUAUUACAUAGCAACGCAAAUAUUUAUCGCAAAAGUUCUCAAUUUGGAGGGACUCAGCAGCCAAUCUCCACAGAUCCAGGCUCAACUUUCCAAGGGAGUUGUAUUGUUGGAAAUGUAUGAUGCAUCUUUGCCCUGCGGACAAUUUAUCUGCUGGCCUUUGCUCGUCCUCGGUUGUGCUGCCUGCCCGACGACCAAGUCCGAAGUGCGACAAAGUCAUCUAAGCAACACUUACGAGCUCCGUCGCUCGACAAUGCGAUGUCUCAUUCAGGCGAAACUCGUGCAAAUCUGGAAUGUCUCGUAUUCAGGCUACGUGAAGCGCACCGCAGGCGCAUUGAAGAAGAUAUGGCAACUCCCCAGCAUACUUGCAAAAAUCCCUGUCAACGGAUAUGCUGCAGAUGAAGAAAUUGAAUACGAUGGACUCAUGGCGCUCAUCCAAAAAGACGGGUUGGGAGCGGCCUCCUUACUUGCAGAGGAUAGUAGUUUGUUGGCACCCAGCCACUUCUCAAGAUGGUCCUACGUGAACUAUUAUCCAUCGGGACUGUCAUCUCAGACAUCUGUCAAUGAUGCGAGCUACUUUGACGCAUUCUUCGUCGCGCAUACGACUCGUGAAUAUUUGAACUGA